GCUUCAGGAGGCGGCGUGUUUUAACCGCCCAGAACGGAAGUUCCUAAGCCUUCAAACCCGCGGGGGAAGCAACUCGGCAACGGACCGAGAUGGCGGCGCCCAGUGAGGGAGAAGCGUUUGCCGCGGGGGUUGAAAGGAAUUGGGGUGCAGUCGUUCGCUCCCCAGAAGGGACCCCCCAGAAAAUCCGGCAGCUGAUAGAUGAGGGGAUUGCUCCGGAAGAGGGAGGCGUGGACGCGAAGAAUACAUCUGCCACAUCUCAGUCUGUUAAUGGAUCACCCCAAGCAGAACAACCUCCAUUGGAAUCUACAAGCAAAGAAGCCUUCUUUAGCAGAGUGGAAACAUUCUCGUCUUUGAAAUGGGCAGGUAAGCCCCCUGAGCUGUCUCCACUUGUCUGUGCAAAAUAUGGCUGGGUCACAGUUGAAUGUGAUAUGCUCAAGUGCUCCAGCUGUCAAGCUUUUCUCUGUGCCACUUUACAACCAGCUUUUGACUUUGACAGAUAUCAAGAACGAUGUGCUGAGCUGAAGAAAGCUUUGUGUACUGCCCAUGAGAAGUUCUGUUUCUGGCCAGACAGCCCCUCUCCAGAUCGAUUUGGGAUGUUGCCAUUGGAUGAGCCUGCUAUUCUUGUUAGUGAAUUCCUAGAUCGAUUUCAAAGCCUUUGUCACUUGGACCUCCAGCUUCCUUCCCUGAGGCCAGAGGACUUGAAAACCAUGUGCUUGACAGAAGAUAAGAUCAGUCUUCUUCUACACCUGCUUGAAGAUGAACUUGAUCACCAAACUGAUGAGAGAAAAACUACAGGCAAAUUAGGCUCAGACAUCCAAGUCCAUGUCACUGCCUGUAUCCUUGCUGUCUGUGGCUGGGCAUGUAGUUCUUCUUUGGAACCCAUGCAGCUCUCCCUGAUAACAUGUUCACAGUGCAUGAGGAAGGUGGGACUCUGGGGCUUCCAGCAGAUUGAAUCAUCCAUGACUGACCUGGAUGCCUGCUUUGGCCUGGCCAGCUCCCCCAUCCUAGGCCUUGAGGGGCGGCCAGAGCGCUUCCCUCUGGUGCCUGAAUCUCCUCGGAGGAUGAUGACCCGGAGCCAAGAUGCUACUUUUUCCCCAGGUGCAGAACAGACUGAAAAGAGCCCAGGUCCCAUUGUCUCCCGUACUCGGAGCUGGGACUCUUCCAGUCCUGUUGACCGCCCUGAGCUAGAGGCUGCUAGCCCAACUACCAGAACCCGCCCAGUGACUCGAAGCAUGGGAACAGGAGACACCACUGGCCUUGAAGUACCAUCCAGCCCUGUGCGGAAAGCCAAACGAGCUCGCCUCUGCUCUUCUAGCAGCUCGGACACAUCUUCCCGAAGCUUCUUUGAUCCCACCUCUCAGCAUAGAGACUGGUGUCCGUGGGUGAAUGUCACCCUUGGCAUGGAAACCAAGGAGAAUGGUGGAGCCGAACCAGAUGCCAGCUCCCCAGUAGAGCCGGGCUGGAAGGCAGUGCUGACCAUCCUGUUGGCCCACAAACAGUCCAAUCAGCCAGCUGAAACGGACUCCAUGAGUCUCUCUGAGAAAUCAAGGAAAGUAUUCCGAAUAUUUCGGCAGUGGGAAUCUUUAUGCUCAUCCUGAAAACAUUCCAGCCCCUUCCUGGAGAGAACGUGAAUGAGAGUGACUUUUUGAAAAAUAAUCCCUUUUCAGUCAACAAAAUUUUUCUCCAUUCUGGUUUAAUCAUAAGGAGCGCCUGCCAUUGCAAAGGCAGUGAGUAUCAAUCCUCGGCAUCUGACUGAGAGGAGCCCUGUUUCCACACAGGAAAGUGAACAGGGUAAGGGACAGCAAGCCUGGCUCUAUUGGAGGAUGCAGGGUUGUGAGACUAGAUGGAGGACCAAGGACCUGAACACCCAUUUCAGCAUCUGUAGUGCAGGGCAAUGUUCUGAGGACUCUUCUAUCCCAGAAAUAUGACAGUAUGUGUUAAUAAAAUAUUUGCUAAGAUUCU